GGAGUAGAGACGAGUUCUCCUUGAAUACGCAGGUUUUAACGUGGAGUCUCCAAUUUCCGAGCAGCACCUGAACGCAGCAAACCUCUCGGCGCACAUGAGUAUGACGUCAUGCGCUCGGACCGAGCCGUGACCUGCUGCUCCGGCUAAGCUAAGGGUCCGUACCAACAGAUGUUCCCCACAAAAUACAGCAAAUACCGGUAAUUUAUGACAUGUAGCGAGGUAAACGACAAUGUUCCAGCGAGUGUAGAAGGUAACCAGCGUGGCAGCAGUGAUUCUCAUGAGUGGCGGUCGGUAUUUAGUCGCGCAUGUUUAUAUUUUAAGUUUAUUUCGGCUAGCUGGCUAGCUAACUUGUUUUCCAGCUAACCAAAAGUGAAACGGGAAUCGGAGCUACGUGGUUGCAAAGCCUGCGGAGUUUAUCUCUGAUUAAACUCAACCGAGAUAACUCCGUAACGAGACAUAAACCCGGUCGCUUCCUGUCUUUAGCAGCAGCUUGACCCGCGUCACGAUGGACUCCUGAAAUCUUCAGGCUUCAGCGACUCAUCCGGUCGCUUGCGGUUGGUUUUGGGCCCGAGGUCACCGUUCAGACUACGACCUGUCUGACCUCCCGAGCAGAGGGAGCGAGCAGAUGGGGAACAGUUGCUGUCGCACUGAGAGUCCCUGUGGCAGUGCGGAGGAAAGAAGCGGUUUGCUGAAAGAUGAUGGGAAGGCCGCGGCGCCCGCAGGUGACACAGCUGUGGGGGGCACCUGUGGUCCUGACGGAGAUGAUGACAUCAGGAAAAUGUCUGAGGCCAAUAUAAAGGUGCAGGAGGCCGUGCAGGUGAAGCAGAGUCCUGGCAUUGCAGAGAAGGAGCCCAACAACACUCAGGAGAAUGGACCCUUGCAGAAGGAGGCCAAACAAACAGCAACGCCUUCUCCCGGCAAGCUUAAAGAAAACCCCACUAGAGCACAAGAGGAAGACGUGAAGGAGCAUCCUGCUGAACUCCUGCAAUGCACUUUUAACUCUCUGCCGAAAGAACAAGCCACGGCUGAUUGGGAGGUUUUUACACCAACAAAUGAGGCACCAGAAGAAGAAACUCCAGCCUCGGUGCAGGACAAAAUUCCAGACAGCAGCUCACUGACAGCAGCAGCAGUUUGCCCUGAAACCCAAACUGAGACAAACCCAGCAGGAGAGCAUGUUACGCUGGACACUACUCGGGAUAAAGAUGAAGCAGGCUGCAACGUCCCUGGUGGAGACGCUGUAGCCGAGCCAUCAGAGGUAUUCUCUCAAAACAAAGGAGAGUUACCGGUGCCAAACCCUCAGCUCUCUGCAGCAGCUGGUCAGGUGUCGUCCAUCCCUGCGGUCGGUCAGGAGAAAGACAAAGAGUCUCCCAACUGUGCUGCAUCUGAUGAUUCAGAGAAUAGAAAUUCUUCAGUGUGCGAGGAGGUCCAUCCUGAAGUCGUAAACAGCCGUGAUGUCUGUGAGUCUUCUCCUGGACCGGAGCCCACAGGGCUCGACCACAGCGGUGAGGAAAGAGACGCCGCCAAAUGUGUCAGCGAGCCAGAGACCACAGCCCCGACAGACGCCAGCGAGAGCUCAAAGUCCGAUAAGGAUGCACAGCCAGAACUCGAGGGCAUAACUACAAGCUCUAAGGAGGUCACUUCCUCUGAGAUCAUCAAACAGGAUAUUGGGGAGGAAAUCACGCUGAAAGGACAGGACAAAGAUGGAAAUGUUCCCAAAACGAAGGAGGAGGAUGAGCUGAAGGAGGAGGAGGCGGAGAACGCUCCUGGGAGAGAUGAGGAGGUUCAGGAGGAAAGUGGAAAAGAGGAGCAGCCGGCAGGGGGCACGACCACCACCACUGAUGUAAAGGCUGACGAGAUGCUAGAGAAGGAGGACGCUGUUGAAGACGGCCUGCAGAACAGUGAAGAAGACCUGUACAGAGGAGCCGAGGAGCUGUCCGCAUCACAAACAAAUAAACCAGAAACUACAUUUUUAAAGGUGGAGGACAGAUGCAGUUUGGCCCUGGCGGUGGAUAUUCUGUCUUACAGUGAGAGAGAGUGGAAAGGAAACACUGCCAAAAGUGCUCUCAUCAGAAAGGGGUAUAAAGAGAUGUCCCAGAGUUUUGGCAGCGUGAGGAGAGUGAGGGGGGACAACUACUGUGCCCUCAGAGCCACGCUGUUCCAGGUGCUCUCCCACAGCACCCAGCUGCCCACCUGGCUGCAGGAGGAGGACAUUAAUAUGCUGUGGAAGCAACUUGAGGCCCAGGAAGGUCUAAUCAGUGAGUGGAUAUUUCCUGGAGAAUGCCUGCAGCCAGAUGGGACAGGAGAUGCCACCCUGCAGCUGAAGGGCUACACGGAGCUUCUUCGGAAUAAGUGGCAGGCGGCGGUGGACUGCUCCUCGGCUGCAGAGCGGCAGCAGCUGUGCGAGCGGGCGUUUCAGGGAGGAGAAGAGGAGCUGGGGCUGCUGGAGGCGCUCAAGCUGCUGAUGCUGGGCAGAGCGGUGGAGCUGCACAGCUGCAUGCAGGCCGGCGGAGACGUCCCACUUUUCUGCUGGCUGCUCUUCGCUCGGGAUUCCUCCGACUGCCCGCGCUCCUUCCUCUCCAACCACCUCAGCCACGUGGGCCUCAGCGCCGGGCUGGAGCAGGUGGAGAUGUUCCUGCUGGGCUACGCCUUGCAGUGCACCAUUCAAGUUUACAGACUGUACAAGGCGGACACAGAAGAGUUUGUCACCUACUACCCGGAUGACCAUAAGGACGACUGGCCCUCCUUGUGCCUGGUCACAGAGGAUGAUCGCCACUACAAUGUGCCAGUUGUAGAAGCUGCAGAAGAACUACACAAGCAGCUCAGCUCGAGCUGAUCGCCGCUGCAGAGAAAUCUCCUGCCGUACAAACAAAACACUCCUCAGGUCGAUCAAGAUGAAUAGAUUUACGCCAAUUAAAGGAAUAGUUCGACAUUUUGGGACAUUUGCCUUCUUACUGAGUUAGGCGAGAAGAUCAAUACCUUUGAUGUCUGAUGGUUAAAGGCACAAUAUGUAAUUUUCCGCCACUAGGGCAACCAAAAGUUUGGUGACGUCGUGAAAUAGCGUGAGAUCAUGGGAGCUGUCUUCAUUCAAGUUGUUCCGGUCUGGUGUACAAGCUUAAACUGGUUUGAUUUAAUGCUGGCUAAACUGGCAUUUGUUAGUAUGAAAUGUUCUGGCGAACCAAAAAGCAUUCGACAUCAACAACCUGUGCAGACAUCAUGAUUGCAUCAUCGCUGAGGUAUAUUUAUCUGUCAAAGUAUGUCUUGUGACGCAUUAGCAUUUUUGAUUUUAUCUAUUCGGAAGAACGACAUAAUCUUUUAUCUUUCUAGAGAGAAACAGAGACGUUCUCUGGUAAUAAAGUUAUGUUAGCAGACGCAAUCACGGUGCAAUAUGACACAGUGAUUAACAUAAUAUUAUGUUUGUUUAUAAACAGACUAACAGAACCAUUUCCGCCUGACAGACUGUGUAAAUUCACUGUCGAGCUGAGGCUGGCGUUCUGACUUUUUUUACACCAGCCCAACCUUACUGAUCAGCAGCCAGCUUCCCCUGGUAAGGACUCCUUCAGUGGUCAUCAUUCAGGAGGUUUUUACCAGACUUAAAUUGUCCACAAAGGUCUCCUUCUCUUCAAAACAUACCAACCAGGUUGAUUAAAACCAGUUGAAAACACUGAUUAAAGCUCUACAAAUCAUCAUUUCUCCAAGGCUGUUCAGUGGAGACAGGAGGUCCCGGAGAGGCUGCGAGCUGAAGUGCAGCUAACGUUUGCUCAGCUUGUUCUCUAAUAACUAAUAAUGGCUAAAAUUCUUCAUCCUGUUAAAAAAUAGUUUAAAAACUAGGUAAAAAGACCUGAGAAAUUAAUGACAGCUUCUGGCAGCCAACAGUGCUGAGGCUUGUUGAAAAUUCUGCAUUUCUCUGGGUUUGAAAAUACUCUAGUCUCGUCGUUUUUUGACAUUUUAAUGCGUAAAAGUUACAUAUUAUAGCUUUUAAUUAUGACACUAUAGCGAGCAUAUGCUUAUCUUAGCACAAAGACUGCAAACAGGGACACGGCUAGCCCAGCUCUGUUUGAAGUAAUGCUUGAUGUAGCUUCAUAUUUAGACAUUUGAGUGGCAUCAAUCUUCAAAUCUAACCUGUGAAGAAAAGUAGAUUCCCAAAAUGUUGCUCUUUUCUGAUUAAAAAUAUGCUGAUUUGAGACCCUGUACAAGAUGUGGUUUACACACUUCUGUACACACUGUACUGUAUACAGAGUUUUCUACUUGUACAUAUAUGUGCAUCUGAUAUUGCGGGAUCAUCUCAGUUAAGUCCAAAUCAGUUUGCAGGUGUCAUUAUGACUUUCAGGUGGGGAAAAAAGCCCAAGUCUGCUGAGCAACCUUUUUUUUUUUUUGUUUGUUUUAAAAUUUUCUCUGUAAAAUCCUAAAGAAAACACAACAGAGCUGCCAAAAUGAUUACUUGUUUGGUGUUUACACUGGAAUUUGGGCACUUUAAUUUGUUUAUUAAUUUAUUAUUUUACAUGGUGUCAAAAAAAGUUUUAAAUUAAGUGAAAUGAGUGAAUUUGUUGAUUCAUCAGAUUUAACAACAGCUCACACCCGAUUGGAGGACUGGAAGAUUUAAUCGCAGCCUCUGUGUCCGAGGUGUGAUUGUCUGUGUAUGUGUGUGUUUGCAACUGUGUGUGUGUCAAACUAAAUGUGUAACAUGUUGCCUUUAACCAAGCUGUUCUGAAGGGAGAAACGUGCCAAUGUUGUUGCAGAUACUGGCAACAGUCCCAACCACCAGCCACUGGAUUCAGUAGUAAACGCUCGCUUGGUCCUCCAUGUUGCCUUAGAAAUAAUGCACAAUAAGAAUGAAUGUUGGUUUAGUGAUAAGAGGCCAUUUUCUUGCCCUAAUUCCAGAGCAGGUGAAGGUGAUCUGUUAACAGUAAAAACAUUGCAUUUGCAGGAAUGUUCUUUCUCUGUCAGAUUUUCAGAUGGCAUUUAGAUAAAAAUUGUUGAAAAUGAAAGUUUUUUUUUUGUAAAAGUCUUCUUUUUUGUCUUUAUGGUUGAAUUUAUCAGCUUGUUACAGCUUUUCCUAAUUUUAUGAGAAGUAUAAAUAUGAAUUUGAACUGAAGUACGCUACAGAAAAUGACACAUUUCGUCUGUUUGGGGUCUCAUAGAUCCGUCUGUAAAACAUGGCUGAAUACAAUGAAUUUUCUUAUGCUCUAAAUCUGA